AUGGACGGGGCCCUCACUACUGCCUGGAGCUCUAGUGAGCUUUGCGGCUCAGCGGGGGCCCCUUGGGGGCCCCCCUCUGACAGCAAAAAGAAGCCGCGCAUUACACCUACCCUGUUUCAGGGGGAGAGGGAGGACAAAGAAAGCAACAGAGACAGCGGGUUGGCUUUAACUUCUGCAAUAUCACAUUUGCAGAAACGGGAGAGGGGCCCCUGGGGCGGCGGCAAACUCUGUCUCGACUUGGGAACUAAGCGAUGGCUGAGCAGCAGCAGCAGCAGCAGCAGCAACUGCAGCAGCAGCAGCAGCAGCAGCAACUCCACAUUCAGUCGCCUCUGUGCUGCCAACAGCGUUUGGCGCUCUCGCGCACAACGCAUUGGCGUGAGGAAGCCGGGCUUCUUCAGAACCUCGUACAGAUACAGAGGCCACGAGGGCUGUGUGAAUGCAAUCAAGUUCCACCCCACGGAGCAGUGGCUCUUCAGCGGGGGCGAUGAUCUUCGGCUCCUCAUUUGGGAGCCCCGCGUUUGGCCGCGAACACCCAAAGCGGAAUUCCGCACAGAACACUCAGACAAUAUCUUCUGUAUUGAUUUCGAUUCCCUGGGUACGCGAGCUCUGACAGCAGCGAACGACGGCCUGGUGACGCGCAUGUCGUUGGAGGCGCCUGCUGCAGCUGAUGAUGCUGCUAGCAGCGCUAGUGGCGGUGGUGGUGGUGGUGGUGCUGCUGCUGCUGCUGCUGAUGCUGAUGCUUCUGAUGCUGAUGCUGAUGCUGCUGAUGCUGAUGCUGAUGCUGAUGCUCCUGCAUCAGCAGAUACAGCAGCCGCGACGACAGCGGCUGGAAGUGGCGAGCGCGGCGGACCAGCAGCAGCAGCAGCAGCAGCAGCAGCUGCUGCUGCUGCUGCUGCUGCUGCUGCUGCUCCUGCUGCAGUGCGAAGCAGCCUGGAUAUUCUUGUUGCUGCUGAUGAAGGACUUAUUCUUUUUCCUCGCUCAAGGACCCGCGCCUGCUUCGAGGCGAAGUUCAUCGACACCGCCGGCCACAUCGCUGCUGCUGCGCUCGAGUCUGGGUUUGUUGCACUCGCUGACUUCAGAGAGAGGCCGCAAGUAACGCACCCAGUGAUGCGCGAUACGGGCGACUUCACCAGCGUAGACCCCCACAUCCCGCAGCCCUAUCACCUGGCGUACGCAGGCAGCUAUGGGGCGGGUAUUCUUGACCUGCGCACCGCGAAGCCUUUCUUGAGGCUGAGGGCCCCUGGAGUUGUUGGCGAUGCAGAGGGAGAAGAGAUGGCGGAGAGCAUAUGGCAGCGCCGCAGCAGCCACAGCAGCAGCCGGAGCAGCGGCGACAGCAGCAGCAGCAGCAGCAGCAGCAGCAGCAACGAUGAUAGUGGUGAUAGCAGCGACAGCGGAAACAGCAAUGGAACCUUCGGCAUCGCGAGGCACCGCAUGAUGUGCAGCAGCAGCAGCUGCAGCAGUCGAAGAAGCAGCAGCAGCGAGAGCAGCAGCAGCAGUGACAGCAGCAUGCACGGAGACGAAGAUGUGUGGGUACCGCCUCCUUCUCGCUCCCGUUUGCUGCUGCGGCAGCAGCAGCAGCAACUGCAACAGCAGCUGCAACGCCGUAGCAGCAGAGCUGCUGGGGGCUCUAGCCUCCGAGGCGGAGUCGAAGGAAGAGGAGCAGGAGACACCUCCAGCUCGCCAAGACCUGCUGCUGCUGCUGCCGCUGCUGCUGCUGCUGCUGCUGCUGCUCUGCGUUCCCUGCGCCGACGAACCGCCAGACGCAGGUUCCCCCGCAGCAGCAGCAUUAGCAGCAGCAGCAGCAACAGCGACAGCAGAGACGGAGACAGCAGCAGAGUAAGAGACAGCCGCAGGGGCAGGGACCGCAAGAGCAGCAGCAACAGCAGAAACAGCAGCAGCGACAGCAGCAGCGACAGCAGCAGCAGCACCGGCGUCAUGCUGAGGCGGCAGCGGGGUGAAGCCCUGAACCCUGCCUCAUCUCCAGAGGCUGCAGCUGCUGCAGAUGCUGCAGCAACAGACAUUAAAACACCAACCAAACGAGAGGGCAGCCGCGGACGGGAAAGGAGCAGCAGCAGCAGCAGCAGCAGUAGCAGCAGCAGCAGCAGCAGCAGCAGCAGCGCGCGCAAGAACAGCAACGGCAACAGCAGCAGCGAUCACAGCAGGUCGCCAGGCCACAAAUUUCUGCCCACAAAGAGCGAAGCGUCUUCUCCAACAAGCAGCGGCAAGCGGCGCUGCAUCCGCUACAGCAGCAGCAACAGCAGCAGCAGCAAUAGCAGCAGCAACAGCAGCAGCACCAGCGGCAGCCCCCCCGCUUGUAUCACCAAAAGCGCCAGCAGCAGUAACGACAGCAGCAGCAGCAGCAGCAGCAGUAGCAGCAGCAGCAGCAGCAGCAGCACUUCCAAACCUGCAGCGUCUCCUCAUAGAGAGCCAAGGACCCGACUGCAGCAUGCAGCAGCAGCUGCUGCUGCUGCUUCUGCUGCUGUUUCUGCUGCUGCUGCUUCCCCGCUAAGUGCUGAAGCUGAAGAUCAGCUACCGCAGAGCCGCCGACAGUCUCGGGGCGCAGCAUCGCACCGACAUGCAGCCAGCAGCAGAAUGCCUCGCGAUGAGCAGCAGCAGCAGCAGCAGCAACAGCAGCAGCAGCAGCAGCAGCAGCAGCAGCAGGAACGGGAUACCUCGCGUUCCCGAUUAGGUAGAAGGAGCCAGCGAGGCGCUGCGCUUGACCAGCAGCAGGCAGCAGACGCCUGUACUACGCCUGCUACGCUUUCUGUUUCUGCUGCUGCAGCAGCUGCUGCUGAUGCUGCAGCAGCAGCAGCAGCAGCAACGCGUACAUCGGAAGCAGCAGCGACCAUGCCCAGCCCCUUCUCCUCUGGAAGAUCUUCUCGACGACGGCCAACCCCUGCAGCAGCAGCCGCAGCAGCACAAGAAGCAGCAGCAGCAGCAGCAGCAGCAGCAGGUGUAUCUCCAGGGGCGUGCAGGCGUGGGAGACCACGCCAAGCAGGGGCCGAGGAAGCUGAGGAUACACCCGAGAGCCGCCGCCGCCGCCGCACGUUGCCUCGCGACGAGCUGCGCUCGCGCAGGGAGACGACCCCGGGGGUCUGGGGGCCCCCGCCCCCGGAUGCUCCGCCGUCUGGGGGCGCCUCUGGCGGGGGGACCCCCACUGGGGGGCCCCCCAGCGGGGGCCCCCCCUGCACGGGGGGGCCCCGCAGUGGGCGGGGCCACAGGAGGGCCCCUCGGAGUCCCCCUGGGAGUCCUCCCGAACCCCCCGAGAUGCCGAGCAGCAGCAUGAGCAGCAGCAGCAACAGCAGCAACAGCAGCAGCAACUCUGAUGAUGCUGAGGGUUUGUCUAUGGAGGACGAAGAAGAGGAGAUGGAGGAGGGAGAUACUGAAGAGGAGGAGGAGAGAGAAGAGCAGCAAGAAGAUGCUGAUGCUGGGGAUCGUCUGUGGGGUCGAUCCCAGCGAUCCCGGCUACGGGCUGCAGCCGGUGCGCCCCCAGCAGUGCAGGCGGCGCUGCGUGAGGCUGAGGCAGUUGCAGCUCAGCUGCCAGCGAUUCGUUUUCCUACGUAUAGAGAGUCGGAUCGCGACGCAGCAGCAGCAGCAGCAACAGCAGCAACAGCAGCAGGAGGAGGAGGAGGAGGAGCAGCAGCAGCAGCAGCAGCAAGACAAGGAGGAGGCAGACGCGGGGUGUAUAAAACAAAAAAAAUCGAUGAAGUCCCCCUGGUGCAGAUGAUAGAUAAAAUAGUUUUCUCGUGGGAUGGCCGGCUGCUGCUGGCUAUAAGGAGAAGGAGAGAACCCCUCAUAUACAGCACAGACUGGGAGAGCGAAGGCUACACAAACGCCACCACCAUGAAGGGCGGCUGCUUCUUAACGGACAUGCAGCACGUUGCAUGCGGCUCCGAGGACCUCCAGGUGCAUAUAUGGCAGCUGCCGCAUCCCCUGCCGGUGAAGCCGCUGGCCACGCAGCCGCUGAAACGAAGAAUUUGCUUGCGGGGCCAUCUCUGUGUAGUCAACUGCUGCGCCAGUCCGUCCCCCCAGAGCCCGUUGGGGCUGUGGGGCCCGCCAAUGCUGGCCACGAGCGGAGUUGAGAAGAUGGUGAGGGUGUGGAGCUGUGAAUACCAGCGCGAUGAAGAUGACUGCGAUCGAUACCCACCAGAUGGCAGGUUUAUAACGGACGACACAACGGAGGACUUCCUUACUAUUGCCCGCUUCAAUAGGGCGACGCCAGCAGCGCGGGGGAUGUUUCCUGUGCCUUCUCUCUUUGGCGUUCUCCCGUCUCUGGGUGAAGAGUGGGAGGCCUAA